GCUGACAUUUCGCAUGCACAUAACCUCAAAGUUUUGUUGUGAAGUGGGCAGUUCUUGGAAAAAUACCCAGUUUUCCUGGAUUUUAAGCCCAAUCCGUGAAGUGAUUAAUUUUAAAAGUGCACAAUGACCGAGGGAAUUUUCAAAACAAUGGAUAGGUAUCAGCUCCAUCGGGUAUUGAUGGCAGAAAUAGAGAAACAGAAGCAAGCCGCAAGAAGAGGAAAAACCGACCUUGAUGUAAUCCGGGAAAAUCAUCAGUUUCUCUGGGAUGAAAAUGAGAAAAACCUCUCGUGGGAGCGUCAACUGGCCAAGAGUUACUACAGCAAACUCUUCCGGGAGUACUGCAUCUGUGACCUGAGUCAGUACAAGAAGAAUCAAGUGGGACUGCGUUGGCGGACAGAAAAUGAGAUUGUAAUGGGAAAGGGGCAGUUUAUCUGUGGCAAUAAGCACUGCAGGGAGGAAGAGAAGCUCGUAAGCUGGGAAGUGAAUUUUAAUUACAUAGAACACGGACAGAAAAAGACAGCACUCGUGAAGGUCAGACUCUGUCCGGAAUGUUCACAUAAGCUCAACUAUCACACGAAAAAGAGAUUAGCCAAGAGGAAACCCAAGAGACUCGAUAUAUCUUCCAAGAAAAAAUUACCAGAAACACCUGGAACCUCCAAAGCUGAAGAGAAACCUCUUGAAGUUGAAGAAAAUGCAUCAAAUGAGGAAUUCAAAGAAACUGAAGAAACAGGCAAUCCGGAGGAAAACAUUUGGGCAGCAAAAGAUGCUCCCGUGGAAGACAAGACAAGGGAAGAUGAAUUCAAUGAAUACCUCGAAGAUCUUCUGCUUUAGUUUCACUGGGCAGUGUAGGAACUCGUGCCGAAAUUGAGUCUGUUCAUGUGACCAUCAAUCCAAUUGCGAAACAGCGAGACAUGAGAGUAGACAGCUGGAUGGUUUGCAUGGCAGCCAAUGCCCCAGGAAACAAUUCCCGUCUGGACGUAUGUGUUGGCUCCGGGAGGACCCACGGGGCAUACAAGUGGCGCUCCACCAUCGCCGGUACAUGUGUCAAUUCCGGGAAUUCCUCCAGCACAGACAAAGGUUGGAUCGAGAAAGAAUUUCGAUCCUAAGCGAGUGUUUUGCAGAGCAGCUUCGCAUUUCUGAUUAGGAACCAUUGGCAGCUUGACCCUCUUCAUGAUAACACUGUACUUUCCUGCCUUUCCAAAAAUGUCCUUUCCUGAAAAUUAAAUAAAACCAUUUAAGUUUUCUUGCGAAAAAAUAAAAAUUCCUUUGGGUGAAA